CUAGAAGAAGAUGAAGCGUCAAAGGGAAUCUGAAUCGACAGAAGAAUGCCAAUCACCGAAGCACACGAACCAUCUUUGAAAUAUGAAAAACUUCGGCGGCAUACAAGGAUGGGCUCGGAACAAAGUCUAAAACGGCUCGGACUAAACAGUCGUAAAGCUCAUCGUUUGCUUCUCAAAUCAACGAGCUGGGGGGCUAACUGUUGGGGUCGGAUUCCAUCCCUUAGCACCGAGCCGGAUUUUGGACACCUCAGGGAACUUCUGAAGACACCUCGGGGAAAUGUAUCAAUCACCUCGGUGAACCAAGCCAUUCACCUCGGGACGACGAGCCCUUCACCUCGGGACGACGAGCCACUCCCCUCGGGACGGCGAGCCCUUCACCUCGGGACGACGAGCCACUCGCCUCGGGGCAACAUGCCAGUCGCCUCGGGAUCCAUAGGUGAACUCGUAACCCGAGCCAGCUCUUCCACCGACCGAGCCGGUUCAAGUCGAAAUACCCGAGCCACUUCCUUCCGUGUGCCCGAGGCCAUCAUUUCGGGGUAUCCGAACAAGUCAUCUCGGGUACCCGAGCCGAUUGCAUAAGUUCUCCAAGGCGAAAUCUUCAUCAUCACCCGAGGCAAAGACUUGUAAAAUAUUCGUCUUCAAAGUACCAUUUCCAAGUAAGUCGUCAUUUCCGAAAAAGGAGGAUCAUUUCCGAUAAACCCGGAAAUGAUAA